GUAUUUCCAUCUAAUAAAUAUAAACAAUUUGCUAUAUCUAUUUUCUGUCUUUCUGUGGUCACAGUUUUCCAUCUGUGGGCAGAUUUCCACCUGAACUUGGAGAAAAUGGCAGCGAUUCCAUCAGGUGGCUCCUUUAUUGCCACUCAUGAUUAUUACAGAAGACGGCUCGGGUCCAGCUCCAGCAGCAGCUCCUGCAGCAGUACAGAAUACACAGGAGAGGUCCUUCCACACCACCCAGGACUUCCAAGGCAAGAUUCUGGCCACUGGUGGACUUCGUUUUUCUUUACAAAACAGAACCAGCUCAGCAAGCAGAAUGGAUCUGACUCUCAAAAGAACAGAACCUACACAGUGACCGGUAGUCAGGUGGGCUGCAUUGCCAGGGAAAUGGCUUUUAAGAGGCAAAGCAGUGAAAAUGAGCAGUUUGAGCCAUCAGCACCUCCACCAGCCUCUGCCUAGGCUCCAUUCUCAACACCACCUUCCCUUCCAAGUUUUCACCUUCAUCCUGUUGUCCAUCACAUAGUCCAGAGCUGGAGAUGGAGGAGACAGCAGUGAUGGAGUUAUUUCACAUUUAGUGAAUACACUUUGCGUUCAUGUAUUCUUUUAUUAUGACCAAACAUAAAAAGUCAAAUUCGUGAAGUUUUAUCUGU